AUGUCUCAGCCAAAGCUCUUCACAUCUAUCAUGGUCGGUGACGCGAUACUACAGCACCGCGUCGUGAUGGCCCCGUUGACGCGCUUCCGCGCAACCAAAGCGCAUGUCCCGACGCCACUCAUGGCCGAGUACUACGCACAGCGCGCCAGCACGCCCGGCACACUCAUUGUUAGCGAGGCGACCUUCAUUGCCCCGCAGGCAGGUGGACAUCAACACAGCCCCGGCAUCUGGAACGACGAGCAAGUUACCGGCUGGAAGCAUGUGACGGACGCCGUCCAUACUCAGGGAUCUUACAUAUAUCUACAACUGCAGGCCCACGGGCGGGCAGCUAAUCCAGUUGUCCUCCAAGAGGAAGGCGGAUAUCCCUAUGUCUCUGCGUCUGACGUGCAGCUGUCGGGAAAGCCCUUCCCGCCGCGUCCUUUGACAAAGGAAGAAAUCAAGGAGUACAUCGAUCUGUACGGUGCAGCAACGAAGAACGCCGUCC